AUGGGUAAAAUCACUGCUCAAGAUUUAAAAGAUCAUAUUGUUAAGGUCAAAAUCAACGAUCCACACCAAGAACAUUUUGACAAGCUUAUGGAGGCAAUCGGAUCGGCUAGAGUUGUAAUGAUUGGUGAAGCGAGCCAUGGAACGAGCGAUUUUUAUCGUGAGCGUAUUUAUCUAACUCAGAGAUUGAUCACUGAAAAGGGAUUUACGGCGGUUUGUGUCGAAGCUGAUUAUCCAGAUUCGAUGACCAUUAAUAAAUAUAUUAAAAACAUCGCUCCGCCAACCGUUAAAACACCCAUCGAUUCUUUACAAGAUUUUAAACGCUUUCCUUUGUGGAUGUGGCGUAAUGAAGAAAUGCUCAAUUAUAUCGAUUGGUGUCGUCGAUAUAAUGACAAGUUAGAGGCUGAAGGAAAAGGAUACUACGAUAAAGUUUCUUUUUAUGGCCUUGAUUUGUAUUCUCUUAAUGCGAGUUGCGAAGCCGUAAUUGAUUACCUUCAAAAAGUUAAUCCUAAAGCGGCACAAAAAGCGCGUGAAAGAUAUGGUAUUUUCGAACGUUUUGGUAAAGAUACGAUGAGCUAUGCCUUCGCAGCUCGUUAUGGAUUAAUUGAAUCGGCUGAAAAAGAAGUUAUUGCUGUUUUGAAAGAUUUGUGUCAAAAAAGGGGUGAAUAUUUGUUAAAACAAUUAAAAGAAUCUGGACCAAUUGAAGAAUAUCAAUUUGCCGCUGAGUCAAAUUCUCUCGUUGUCAAAGAUGCUGAAGAGUAUUAUCGUCUCAUGCUCUUUGAAAAUGUUAAAUCAUGGAACUUAAGAGAUUCACAUAUGGUUCGAACUUUGAAUCAAAUAUUGGAUCACCUAACGAAAUGUCGUAAUGGUUGUCCUGCCAAAGCAGUUAUUUGGGCUCAUAACAGUCAUUUGGGUGACGCGCGAAAUACUGAUAUGGGAAUGUUUCGUGGUGAAAUAAAUGUUGGUCAAUUAAUUCGCGAACAAUUUGGCGAUAGAAGUUUUAAUGUUGGAUUCACAACAUACACUGGGACUGUAACUGCUGCUCAUGAAUGGAAUACUCCACCUGAAUUGAUGAAAAUUGUCCCAGGAAGGAAGGACUCUUAUGAAGGCGUGUUUCAUAAUAUUAGCGAAGAUCUUAAAUUUCCAAAUUUUCUCAUAAUCUUUGACAAAAUAAUUUCUUCGUCUGAUCAUGAGGAGUCGAAAAAGAAAAUAAUUUCUAAAGAUUUAACUGAAAAAUUAUCUGAACCGCUACUUGAAAGAGCAAUUGGUGUAAUUUACAAACCGAAUACAGAACGAUGGAGUCAUUAUUUUUCAGCAAAAUUAUCAAAGCAAUUUGAUGCAGUUAUUCAUUUGGAUGUGACAAGAGCUAUUAUGCCGAUUGACAAAUUUAAAGCGUUUAAAGAAGAAGAGAAUGUUCCGG